UUUAUCCACGGUAUUCACACAAACACUCGUCUUCUCGCUGGUGGCAGCAUUUUCCAUGUCCACCAUGCACCCCCUCAACCUCAAGAGAGGAACACUCUCCCUGGCCCUUGUUUCCCUUGCUUCUCUGCUCUUACUCCUCGUCAAAGCAACAAAACCACAAGAUAUAAUGCACCUACAUUUCCAGAAACACCUUCAAGUAGCUCACUCCACCUGCCAAGGAACUCUCUACCCUCACCUCUGUGCCUCCACACUUGCUUCCUUCCCGGAUCUUCCCUCUAAAUCUGUUCCCCAGCUCAUCUGCUCCCUCGUCAACCACACCAUGUACGAGGUCAGAUCCUCAUCCUCCAACUGCACCGGUCUCAGAAGAAAGCUCAGAAAUCUAAGCCCACUUCAGCAGAGAGCUCUCGAUGACUGCCUCCAACUGUUUGAUCACACCGAGGACGAGUUCAAAACCAGCAUUGCCGAUCUCUCCCAGACACAGAUCGAUUCCAAGCGCUACCACGACUUGCAGACUCUGCUCAGCGGCGCAAUGACCAACGUUUACACGUGCCUCGACGGCUUCGCCGACGGUGACCCCAAUGGGAAAGUGAGACGCACCAUCCAGGACGGCUUGUACCGGAUUUGCCACCACGUUAGUAACUCCCUGGCCAUGCUCAAGAAAGUGAAGGGGGUGAAGAAACCGUCACCGUCUGAGGCAUUCCCGGAGUCGUACGGCAAAAUGAAGCAUGGCUUCCCAUCCUGGCUCACCUCCAAAGACAGAAGGCUUCUUCAAGGUACUGUCAAUGAAACCAAGUUCGAUCUAGUGGUGGCUAAAGACGGCUCCGGCAAUUUCACCACUAUUGGGGAAGCAGUGGCUGCGGCCCCCAACUCCACAAAAACCAGGUUUGUGAUACACAUAAAAGCUGGGGCAUACUUCGAGAACGUGGAGGUGAUCAGGAAGAAGACUAAUCUGAUGUUCGUUGGAGAUGGCAUUGGGAAGACGAUAGUGAAAGCCGGUAGAAACGUCGUGGACGGGUGGACCACCUUUCAAUCCGCUACUGUAGCGGUGGUAGGAGACGGGUUCAUUGCGAAAGGGAUAACCAUAGAGAACUCGGCGGGGCCCAGCAAGCACCAAGCGGUGGCCCUCAGGAACGGCGCCGACCUAUCCGCCUUCUAUCAGUGCAGCUUUGUCGGCUACCAAGACACCCUCUACGCCCAUUCCCUCCGUCAGUUCUACCGCGAAUGCGACAUCUACGGCACCGUCGACUUCAUCUUCGGCAACGCCGCUGCCGUGCUCCAAAAUUGUGGCCUGUACGCGCGCAAGCCAAACGACAAGCAGAAGAACCUGUUCACGGCUCAAGGCAGAGAGGACCCGAACCAGAACACAGGCAUUUCCAUAAUCAGCUCCAAGGUGGCCGCCGCGUCGGACUUAAUUCCGGUGAAGUCAUCGUUCCAGUCGUAUCUGGGGAGGCCGUGGAAGUUGUACUCGAGGACGGUGUACGUGGAAUGCUUCAUGGAGGAUUUGAUUGACCCUGCUGGAUGGUUGGAAUGGAACGGAUCGUUCGCAUUGGAUACGCUGUAUUACGGGGAGUACAAGAACAGGGGUCCAGGCUCCGAUACGAGCAGGAGGGUGAAAUGGAAAGGUUAUAGAGUGAUCAAUUCCUCCGCAGAGGCUUCCCAGUUCACAGUUGCCCAGUUCAUUCAGGGCCCUGACUGGUUGAACUCCACCGGCAUUCCUUUCUUCCCUGAUCUCAAUUCCUGACAUUGUCCUGUCCUCCUUCCACGGUCAUGGAAUGGGCCUCAUGCUUCUGCUUUCUUUUCA